CGGGGCGACGUGACGCGGGGCGAAGAAGGAGCCCACCGCCGCCCCCGCCACGGCUCCUCCGCUUAGCAAUUGUGGUCUCGACUCCAGACACCCCUCCUCACUCCUCUUCCUUCUCGCCAUACGCACGACCACUCCUCCCCUUUCCUCCCCACCCGGGUCUUCCACAACAUGCACACGACUCGCUUGUAGCAGUAGCACAGACACCCGCUCCUGCUGCUCAGCUACAAUUCGUGCCGCACUUCAACGACACCCUCAUACGGCUUCUCUCAUACAGACACUCCACGCAAAAUGCUUCGACACAAGCUCACCUUCCAUCGAGAUCGCCUCCUUGGGCGAGACCGCGACGACAGCAAACGUCACAGCCCUUCGCCCAUCGUUGAGGAACAGCAAACGAGAGACGACUCACACUCCGGCUCGGUCUCUCCACCUCGUUCGACCCACAGCAGCAAUAGCGACGCAGGCAUGAGAGUAAAGAGCCUCGAGGUGGCUUUAUCCAUCUUGCCACCCAAGCUUAAGGGUACCAGGCCGAGCGAUGUUCAGCAGCAGCUGCCUUGGCAAAGACAGGCUCGCAAGCCCCGUCUCCUCGGUCCUCUCACCCGCCUCACCCACCGCCAAAGCAAAGACUCCAUCUGGGGAUCGCCGCUAAAUGAAGAAGCCGUUGCCUUGGGCCUCGUCUCACCAGUAGACCGUGAUGAUGCGACUCCGACGCCCUCAAAUGCUCGCCCGCUUGCCACCAAGAACUUGAGCCCUCGUCGCAUCAUCAAGCCAUCCGCAUCAGUCAUGAGCCUUCGUGGCAUGUUCAAGCUGCCGCAAGUGACGGAAGAGUCAGCAGUCAAGAACAACUCGCUCAAGCAGAGCUUCUCGGCAGGCUCACCUCAUCCGAUCGCCACACCUGGCUCUUCGAAUCUCAGAGUGCCAGGCGCUCACAAGCAAGACAGCUUUGGGAAGCGCCUCUCCCGCCGCCUCUCCGACAAAGCUCCAAACUGGCGUGGCUCGCGCGUAUCUGUCGUGUCUAACCGCAGCUACUCUACCUUUCAGCUCGAAGACGUCCAAGCUGCGCUCGAGAUGGCGCCGAUGCCUCCUCCUCGCCCAUUGCGCCGUCCACGCUCAUUCUCGCCCCUCGACGUCUCCCCUUCAUUGUCCCCAGGAUCAUCUGGCGAGCACUCAACGCUGAGGGGGACGCGAAACGGCACACCUCUUCCCGCCCUUUCUCUACGAUCCGUGCGCUCAGCUCAGCAGCUUGCCAAGUUGCAAAGCCGGAGCUCUUCGCCACACAACGAGCGACGUCAAGAGCAUGCGGCUGUCUGUCGCACGACAUUACCGCAUCAACGCCGUCAUUACCCCCCUCGACCACCUGCACCUACAGCUCCUCUCCCACCGACGCCACCCUCCCCUGGCAUGUCCCGUCUGCCUAGCCUUACUCCGGCCUGCUUCGAUCCUCUUCUGCCGCCUACACCAGUCUCUUCUGUCCCUUCAUUCAGCAGCGCGGUCACCUCGGUGGCUCAGAACGGCUGGAACCAGGAUGAAAGAGCAGUCAGGGAGCGACAGGCCGGCCUCACACUCACGUCGUCUCCACUUCUUCGUGGGAAAGGCAUCUCACAGCCAAGCACGACCGACUCGAAGCAUCCUGACUGCUCUUCAGUUGAUUCGCCCACGGAUGUGCCAUUGAGUGCCUCGACCUGGCCAUCGGACUCCUUCUGCGACGAUGAGAUCGACAAUGAGGUCGGAGAGAGCACGAGCACUUGCUUCGACAGCGGCAGCAACAGGCUCACCACACCUGCGACCAGCAUGACAGCCUCAUCUCGUCCAUCCGUUCCACCUCGCUCGAGCAACAGCGUCAGCAGCAAAACCCGAAGCGAGAAUGGCUGUGUGGUCAGGCGCGGAAGUGGCGCUGCCUCGUACGCCUCAUCAACUGCAGCCAGCAGGACGCCCUUGGGCAAGACUCGCAGCAUCGUCUUCGCCAAGCCUCUCCCUCCUAGACCAUACCGCUCUGUAAAGGCUCGACCUCCCACGCCGGCUACAGCUCUCAGCAGUCUCAAUGGCGUCAAGCAGCGCAAUGCUUUACCUCCGCUGCCCGCGAAUGGUCACGUCGCUGCGUAUGUCAAGGCUGGACCCGCGGCUUCAAGGCACAAGAGGGGUAUUAGUGGAAGCUCGCGAGCUGAGGGCCGAUCCAGGACAAAUACGUAUGAGUGGGAUCCUGAGACGAAGACGAUCAUCGGAGCCUACCUCGCAGGCAACCGCCCGAUGACGGGCAGGAACUCGGGCACGUCAUGAUCCCAUCUUCUUGUCUGGCCUCUACUCCCUCCCACGUCACCUCCCGUCCCUUGU